AUGCUGCCCUGGAAGCGGAGCAAGGUGGAGCUGGCGGCCGGCGAGGCGCGGCGGCAGAGCAAGCCCAAGGGGUACGCGGUGAGCGUGCACUACUCGGCCCUCACCUCGCUGGCCCGCGCCUGCCCCGAGAGCGCCCUGCACCGCGUGGGCAGCAUGUUCCGCUCCAAGCGGCGGAAAUUUCGCGUCACCAGCGAAGACCCCACGUAUACCGUGCUCUACCUAGGCAACGCCACUACCAUCCAGUCCAAAGGUGAGGGCUGCACCGACCUGGCCGUCUGCAAGAUUUGGAGCAAGAGCGAGGCGGGCCGGCAGGGCACCAAGAUGAAGCUGACUAUCAGCGCGCAGGGCAUCCGUAUGGCCCACGCCGAGGACAAGGGGCUGCGCCGGCCCGGCCACCUCUACCUGCUGCACCGGGUCACCUACUGCGUGGCCGACCCUCGCCUGCCCCGUGUCUUCGCCUGGAUCUACCGCCACGAGCUGAAGCACAAGGCGGUGAUGCUGCGCUGCCACGCCGUGCUAGUCUCCAAGCCCGAGAAGGCGAAGGCCAUGGCCCUGCUGCUCUACCAGACUUCGGCCACAGCACUGGCCGAGUUCCGCCGGCUGAAGAAGCGGGACGACGCGCGGCACCAGCAGCAGCAGCUGGUGGGCGAGCAGAGCAUCCCGCUGGUGCCCCUGCGGAAGCUGCUCAACGGGCAGUGCUGCUACAAGCCGCCGGUAGAGCGGAGCCGCAGCGCGCCCAAGCUGGGCUCCAUCACAGAGGACCUACUGGGCGAGGAGCAGGAAGAGCGGGCCAUGCACUGCGACUGCGAAGACAUCCUGGAAGCGCUGGGCGAGCCCGAGGGCGAGCUGCUGCGCCCCAGCACCGGCCGCGGCGAGAGCCCAGAGCUGGGCCAGCUCCUCCGCGACCUGGGCGAGCUCAGCCUGGGAAACGACCUGCGCUCGCUGCGCGCCGACCUGCGCGUCCGCCGCCUGCUUUCUGGGGAAAGCACGGGCAGCGAGUCCUCCCUGGAGAGCGGCGGCACAGACGGGGCCGCCCCGCCCGGCAGCGACGCCGAGCAGCCGCCCCCCGGCGACCCCGAGACCGGCUGA